AUGGAUCUUGACAAGUCAUUUCUAGUAACCAAUGAUUCCUUAUCCAGAGAUGAUUAUGUUUCUCUAUCCCAAGAUGUCUUUGAUUCAACUUUCCAAAAUGCAUCAAAUGUUUACCCCCGAGAUAUUUUAGAUCACUCAUCUGUUAAUACUAUAGAUCAAACUAAUAUGGCAGAACUUAAACAAAGAAGAAAAACUUAUGCUUCCCAGACCCGUUCUCUUGUUAGUAAAAGGAAAUCAAUAUCAGAUAAAGUCUUUCAAAAUGCUGUAACAAAAAAAUUCAAAGCAAAUAAAAAUGCCUACACACCUGAAUUUGUUUCCCUAGCUACUCAAAUGAGUAAUAUUGGUCAGAUAACAUUGGCAAGGUGGAAUAAAGAGGUAGCUCAAGUUGUGAUUCAUGACAAUCUUCCUAAUAAAGAUUGUAGAUUCUUUUCUUAUGGUAUUAUUGCAGAUGAAAGCACUAGAGGAGAGAAAAAAAUUUUCUUAGUAUGCUUGUCAUAUUGGAACCAUCACACUAAUGAACCCUUACUUUCUAUAAUCCGAAUGGUAGAUAUAGAACGUUGUAGUGCUAUUGUUGUCUGUGAUACUAUAAUAGAAUCAUGUCAAUCUUAUAAUAUAUGUACAAAUAAAUGUCUGUACUGGCUUACUGACAAUACUGGAUAUAUGUCUGGGGAAAAGGGUGGUGCUGUAGUUGAGUUCAAAAAAAAAACAGGAUCAAAGACAGUUAGGAUUCCUUGUGGCCUCCAUGCAAUUCAUAUUGUUGUAAAUGCUUUUGAGAAAAUUACAUUUGGCAGUAAUCCUAAUCCCUCUGGUUUGUCCUUAUGUCCACAUCCUUUUAAUCUACUGAAUCUUGCCUACUACCUUCACAAUGGUUACAAUGAUUCAGAUAAAGAUAAUCCUCUAAACAUGAAAACAGAAACAAUUAAAAAGUUGUAUUGGACCUUUCUCCAAUAUCAAUUGAAAAAUUACCAAAAACCUAUUUCAACCAGAUGGCUAUACCAAUUAGAAACAGCCAAACAGUAUCUUGACAGAAAAGAUAUACACCUUGUGUUUGCAAGAUUUUUUGUUGAUCAGUUGAUGUCCUCAAAAAAUGUGCCAGAGAGAUAUUAUCAUAAGUGGACUACUUUCCUCAGUUGGUUACAGGAUGAAAAAAUGAAUAUUUUAAUUAGAAUUAUGGUACAAUUUGGCAAAUGGUUCUAUGAACGAUUAUUCCAUUUUCUUACUGGAGCAGACCCUUGUCCUAGGGUACAACAUAAUGGCACCCCUAAAACACUCCCCAAUGGUUAUCAAGCUCAUGAGCUACCAGAUAUGGUGGGAAAAUGGACCAAGGAAUUGAAUGAGGUUGUAGAGAGACCAGAAAUCAUUUUCUUUGAAGAAUUUCAGGCUGCAAUUAUCUGUGUAGUAUUAAACACUCCUCUACCAAAUUUUUCUAAUAAUCUAGCAAGUAAAUAUAUUGACCAGUUGGUAGAUGAUUUCAAUAAUAAUAAUCAGAGAAAAGAAUCUUUUGGUCUCUUUGAAGCGUUACAAGAAGAUGACUUUCAAUCUAGACUACAACUUUCAGGACCUAAACCUUUAGGAUGUAUGCUUACUUCAGAGAAACUAAAAGAUGUUUGUGCUCAACAGCAUAGAAUUACUCCCAAUCCAAUAAAUUUGAACUUUGGUGAGGAGGCAACCAAAAAUAUAUUAAAACAUAUACUAAAAAAUAAAUAA